UCUGUGCUAUUGAUGAAAAAAUGAAAAAUGAAAAUGAAAAAUCAAGAAAAUUCAAUGUUUUUUUUUGUAAAUAUUAAAUUAAAAAUCAAUUAGAAUUAGUUAAUUAAUAGCAACUUUGUCAACCGCUGCAAGUUUAUUAGAUAACUAAAAUUAUCACACAAGCUGCUCGUUCAGGCAAUAAGUGCGUCGCUUUAUUUGGUGAAAUAUUAUAAGUGAAUGCCUUUGGUUGUUACGGACUUACAAAACAAAGGUGGACCGAAGACAUCAAGCAGAUCGCAGGAAACCGCUUGAUGCUUGCGGCUCGAGACCAUUAAGCUUGGAGGUCCAUGCAAGAGGCCUAUGUCCAGUGCGGGACAUCCAUUGGCUGAUAAUGAUGAUGACAGGUGAAUUUUAUAUGUGGCAAAUGACGAGAUAGUGGCAACAAUGAAGAGAUGACUAACACCAAACAUGAUAAUAGAUCAUCUAUGAGAAUCAGUGCAUGCACUUCACAGAUGCUACAGCGCACUGUCUACCCUUAAGAUUCAGUAUGAAUCUGUAUUGUAUAAGGAAAUACUCUUUUUCUACAAGUACAUGGUCCCUACCAUAAAAACCUUGUAAAUAAAUAAAUGCACAAAUAGGUAGAAAGUAUUGGAAUGACUCACACAACCUGCCAACGCACAUUGGUGUUGUAUACAAACAAUAAAUCCUUGUAACAGCUACAGGGAACUGCUGAAGUAGGCUGAGAGCAGGAAGAUUAUGUCAACAGCAAAUAUAUAAAUUAAUUUGAACUGAAUCAUGGAAAAUCAAGAACUAGAAAACUCUUUCAUAGCAAGCAAUUUGUAUGUGAGUAUGGAACAUGCCGAGCAAAUGGAAACUGUAAGCGCCGGCUGCACUCUGGACGAGAACUACAUAGAGUCGUGUGAAACUUAUGACGACUCAAGCAAUGGCAAGAAGUACUACUCGUGCCCGCGGUGCCGCUACCGCUGCCCCAAGCGGAGCAACUUCGUCCUGCACGUGCGCACGCACACCGGGGAGAAGCCCUUCGCCUGCUCCGCGUGCGACUACAGAUGUCUCAGCAAGUCUCGUCUGGCGCGACACAUGAACUCUCACACUGGCACCAAGCCCUUCGCGUGCCUGCACUGCCACUUCAAGUGUACGCUCAAGAACAAUCUCAUCGUGCACAUGAGAGCCCACACUGGGGAAAAGCCGUUUUCCUGCACCGAAUGUGAAUACAAAUGUACACAGAGCAGCACUCUCGUCACACACAUGAGAUCCCAUACUGGUGAACGACCAUAUGUGUGUACCAUUUGUGAUUAUAAGAGUUCGUAUAGAAGCCAUUUGAUCGGACACAUGAGGAUUCAUUCUGGGGAGAAGCCGUUUAAAUGUGACACAUGCGACUACACAUGUGCACAGCGCAGCGCGCUCACCGUGCACAUGCUUCUGCACAGCGAUGAGAAGAAAUACACGUGCACUUACUGCGGAUAUAAAUGUAAACGCAAGUCAGAGAUCAACACACACAUAAGAAGUCACACUGGCGAAAAGCCGUACAUGUGCAAGAUAUGUAACUUAUCUUGUACGAGGAGUAACACUUUGGCCAAUCAUAUGAGAACUCAUUCUGCUGAUAAGCCGUUCAGCUGUGAACACUGCGAUUACAAAUGUAUACAAAGAGGGAGUUUGGUCAAUCAUAUGAGGAUACACACGGGGGAAAAACCCUAUCAGUGUAGUGUGUGUGUGUUCAAAUGUGCCCGAGCGUUUAAUUUAGUCACACACAUGAGAAAGCACACUGGUGAGAAACCAUACAAAUGCAGCAUAUGUGAUUAUAGAAGUGCGGCGAAGGCUCGUUUGAACAGACACAUGAAGAUUCACACAAAAUCUGAUUGCAGCGAUAAACCUAAGAAAAGUAAAACAGUGAAUCGUGCCAAAUUGGACAGUAGUGUAGUGAACAAACACAUGAGAACCCACAGUGCAGGCCGAACCGAUUUGGAUGAAACCGAUCAGAAAUACAUUUGCAAUGUGUGUAACACUAAAUGUCCAGAUGCCUACAGCUUGAAUCAACACAUGAGUACUCACGAAGCCCCGCCCGAGCCGCAGUUUAUUGCCAUCAAACAGGAGUUUGAUGCAUCAGAAGUGGGAUACGAUGACUGCGAUGCUCUGAGCGUGCCGGUGGCAGUCAAGCGCGAGCAGGACUCGGACAUGUUGAGUGUAGAACUGACUCCAGUGAUAACUAUUGACACAUGUCGGUAAGACUGUGGCAUAUAUGAAAUCUUGCGACAGCCACAGAACGCUAAAGCUAAAGCUAACGCUUAAGCAAUAGAAGGACCAAGGGGGCCCGCGUAUGCUCAUAUAUGCAGACGUACGCAUAUGUGUUAGUAUUGUAAGAAAAUAAACAUUAAUAACUGUCACAUAGUCAACAGUUAGUAUCAAUGCACUGUUGCCUUGCAAUAAAAAAGUUAAAUACUAACUAAAGUUGUCUGGUAGAUAUUACUUUAAGCUAUAAGACCGCCUUUGCACAUACUUGUUUUCUAUGUUUUCUUUGUUAUUGUUUUUGUUUUGUGCAAUAAAGUAUAAAUAAAUAAAUAAAGUUUACUGUA